GUGUGGCACGGAGGCACUGCGAAUCUGUCUGCCAUGGCGCGACCCAUGCUGUCGGUCCACUAUGCUGGGCCAGCAUACAGCGAGGACGUGCUCAAGGAUGGCGGCAGCAUCCCGUCGUUUGGGACUUGCUACUGGUGCUACCACCGCGGUGCCGUGUCGGCAGCGGAUAUUCAGCAGCUGUCUCCCCGCG